GCAGGGGUACAUAGGAUGUUAAUCAAGGUCAGUGAGAGAGAAGAGAAGUGGAACUAUAGCAUGACCUUCAGGCUCCAUUGUGCAUUUCUACAUGUGCGUAACUGACAGCCACACCAUUUAGUCCUAUAUAUUGACCUCCCUAUUGGAAGCAGUUAUAAAAGCAGCCUUAGCACAGUGUUGAGUGUGUCAACAACAGAAAGAACAGAACUGAAUAUCUCGCAUACGAGAAAGGCCAGGGCAACUGUCAGAUAAAAGUAAAUUUACAGAUUACCUUCUGCAGUGAUUAUGGAUAUACAGGCUUGGUUCAAAGUGGUGCUUACCCUUGCAGUACAUUUUAUGUCACUCUACAAUACUGCUGAGGGUGCCACUUUUGUUGGAAUCUGUGUACCAGCGAAAAGUCAGAUUAUAGAACUUGAUACACUUCUGGUGGGACUAGCAGACAAGGGACAUGAGGUGUAUUUAGUCAUGGGGGAGCAUCCUUCUGUGCCACCUCUUCCCAAGAAUGUAAUAGACAGCAAGGUAAAGUUGCUCACUUUUAAAACAAGAUCACCAGACUUUAUGGACUUUGAAAAACCAGAGUUGCAAAAAAAUGGUGUGUUUGCCAUCUUUGACAACCCAAGGGAAAGAUACAUUCCCAUUAAAACUGUAGGAUUUAUGAAUUACAUGACUAAACUUAUGCUGGACUACUUUGGAGAUCUUUUAAUUGAUGGAGAUAUUCAAAGAAAAAUGAAAGAAUUGAAACCUGACAUGGUGGUACUUCACAAUGCUGUUGGAUUUUCACCAACAGCCUACUUGUUUCCUAUAAAAUAUAAGAUUCCGUAUGUGACAUCAGCCGUCCUAGUAAGUCCAGAGAGUGGAGUUCCACAACAAGCAUCAUUUCUCCCAUCAUUUCUAACAACAUAUUCUGACCAAAUGACCUUUUUGCAGCGCUCAGUGAACUUUCUGGCACAUACUCUUCUAUCCAUCAUGACAACCCACAAAAUUUCACCCGAUUAUUAUGCAAAAUAUUUGCCAAAUGAGACACAGAAAUCAUUUCACCAGUUGGUUGCUGAUUCUGAACUUUUCAUUGUUACCAGUAAGCAUCCAUCCAUUGAUUAUCCACAGCUUGCACUGCCAAACACCAUCUUUGCAGGAGGUAUGAUGACACGGCCUGGAAAACCUCUACCAAAUGAACUACAGAAUUUUAUGGAUGGGCACAAAAAUGGAGUGGUUGUAGUAAGCUUUGGGUCUCUUGCCAUGUAUAUUCCUGAUCAAGUAAUUCAAAAAUUGCUGUCGGCUUUCACAAAAAUUAAAUAUGGUGUAAUAUGGAGGUAUACUGGCUCCAAGAAACUCAAUCUGCCAUCUCAUGUCAAAGUUUUACCAUGGCUGCCACAGAAUGACCUGUUGGCUCAUCCCAACACCAAACUGUUUGUUAGUCACUGUGGCAAUGGAGGCUCGUAUGAAGCACUCUACCAUGGUAUCCCAGUGUUGGGACUCCCUUUGGGAGGAGACCAGUUUUACAAUGGUCACAGAGGACAAAACAAAGGCGUUGCUAUUGUGAUGGACAUCUUGUACUUCACUACAGAAGAGCUCCUAGAAAACAUCAACACCAUGAUAGAGAAUUCUUCAUAUUAUGACAAGGCCAAGAAGUUAUCUGCUAUUUAUCGUGAUCAGCCAUGGACUCCACAACAGCAAGCAGCUUAUUGGAUUGAACAUGUACUCAAACAUGGCGGCAGCUAUUUACGUUCACCUUCUGCACAUAUGUCUUGGUAUCAGUAUUAUUCAGUUGAUGUGGUGGUAUUUCUGCUCAGUAUUUUUGCUUGUAUUGUGGUUGCUUUCAUUUCUUGUUGUAAGUGUCUAUGUAGAAGAUGUUGUAAAGGAGAGGGAAACAAGCAAAACAAAAUUAAAACUAAAUAAUUUCAUUAUACUGUUAUUGUUAUGAUUGUUAA